UACAGCAGUCAAAAGGGGUGGUCAAAAGAUAAAGAUAAAGAAAGGAAGAUAGAUAGAUAGAUAGAUAAAUUGAAAGAUUGAAAGAGAGUGAGUGAGUGAGUUUGGCUGAUAGACUGUAUGUAGCAAGCAAGCAAGCAAACAAGCAAACAAACAAACAAACUAUAAAGAGAGAGAGAGAGAGAUAAAGAGGGCGAUUUUUUUUUUCAAAAAAUAAAAGAAUAAAAGAAUAAAAGGCUGCGAAAACAAGCAAGGAUGUUGUAUCUUUUUUCUUGGUUUCUGGCGUCGUCUUUGCUUUCUACUGUCUUUUCUGCUUUACUUUGAAGCGAAAGUAUUGGCUGUCGGUGUAGCUGUAGCUGUAGCUGAUGGUUGUGGCUGUGGCUGUGGUUGUGGUUGUGGUUGUGGUUGUGGUUGUGGUUGAAGGGGUGGGGCAAUAUAUAAAUAUAUAAAGAUAGAUAGAGAUACAGGUAGGUAAUGCGAUGUAUAGAUAGAAAGGGAGGGUUGUCGGCUUGGUUCCGUAAGAUGACUCUUGGUGCCUGGUUUCUUCUUCUUUCCACUAUUAAUAUUCUGCUACUACUACUACUACUUCUUCUUCGGCUUCUACUUCUGCUUCUGCUUCUACUUCUACUACUCUGGCUUCUGCUUCUGCUUCUGCUUCUGCUUCUCUUUUUGCUUGGUCUUGACGAUGAAGCUGCGUAAUCACCAACUACCUUUUUCCUAUCCUUUUGCUCUUUCUUUCCUUUCUUUUCUCUCUUGCUUUCUUUCUUUUCUUGUUCAAAUUAUUAUUUUUU